AUGGCGGGGGAGGGGGCGGUGGAGAGGGUGGUGGUGAUGACGGCGGGGAUCGUCGCUGGUGAGGAGGAGAGGAGGGAGCUUGUCGAGAGAGAGGGGAGGGAUGUUUCGGAUGUUUUGUUGCCGAGGCGACCGGAGGAUCUGAUGGAGCUUAUUAGGCGGUCGAUGGUCCGGCCGCCGAGGUGGAUGCCGGAGUUCUUGCUCAUGGAUUUCAUCGAGCUUGCAGCAUUGUGCCAUGAGAUGUUGAAACUCAAUCUUUGCAAUAGUAGUGACAUCAGCCUUGCAAAGGCAAAAUCAUCAAUGUCUGGAGGGGAAAGAAUCUUAACCGCUACUAACCUCCAUGAGCUCGCUUUAGUUGCAACUGCUAAUGGCUCAGUUGUAGCAAGAGGAGCAGCUGAGGUCGUCAGGAAUAAAACCCCAGUCAGCAUGAAGAAUGAAGCAAGUGAAGCCAACAUGCUUGAAACAUCAAAGACUACCGGAGAAGCCUAG